AGUCAGUCAGCUGGUGGUGGUGCGGCGGCAGGGAUGGUGUAAGGAGUUUUAUCCGUUUCAGGAACACACCACCUCAUCGUGGUGUUGUUUUGAAGUAAUGGCAGCUAUAAGGGGAGGAGUCAAAGACCGCAUUGUCCAUGAAAUUGGAAGAGCCAUCAAACAGGCUCAGGUGGAGUGGUGUGGUGUAGGCUUUGUAAGAGCCUGCACAGGGAGAUGGCUUGUGUUAAGUCUGGAUGCUGCCUUGCUGCAUGGCCUCCACUCCCUCAGUCGGGGCUACUGGCCAGUUGUUGCUGCACUCCUUGACAAGCAGUCUCUUACCACCAUUACUAAUCUUCCCUAUGCCACAAAACCUUUAUCUAGAGGUCGGUCUUGGGUGUGUCUGUGUCUAAAUGAGGGUCAGUUAGAAAGUUACCUGCAUGUGCUAACCAGUCACAGAGUAUUGCUGGAAGCUAACUAUGGAGCUCAAGCCCUACUCCGUGAUCCUCAUCGGGCUCACCUACUACUCAUGCUGGCUGCUGGGCUUGAGCACCUCAAAUUUUCUAUACCAAUGGAUGUUCCUGGCUGGUUGCAAGGUGAAGGAAGUCUUGGGAGUUCAUCUGGGACAAGUAUGAACUCACUCAGUGUAUCCAUAACCAGUAUGGGCUCCUCCCUCCCUUCACCCUCCCAGCAAGACCCCUAUGACUUGGACACCUCAUGUUCAGAGGCUAUGGAGGAAAGUUGGCAUUCCAUUGAGAGAGAACAGCCAAUCUCUCACCCCAGGUGUGAGGACUUGGAUACAGCCAUUGAAAUUGAACACAUCUCAAAGGCAUCCAGGAGAAAGAGAGGCAGCCGGUCAUCCUCACAAAGCUCAUCACGUGUGUCGUCAGGGGGCACAACUCCUGUUGAGUCAGAGGUCAAGACGACAAAUAAUGCUGCUGAAGUGGGCCAGUUACCUCAGAAUGCUGCUAUUUGUAACCAAAGAAUUUCUUUUGAAAGUCUAGGAUCCAUUCCAUUUGACUCCAGAACAGAUGUUUCCCAAGAUGGGAAGAGACCAAUAACAAGCUGUGAUAAUAUAGAUAAAUGUGUUAAUGUUUCUAAAGUUGAAAAGAAUUUAGAAGACAAUAUAAGAUUUAAGGAAAAAUUAUUAAAGGAAACUAGUGGAGAAAGACGUGUGCAAAAUAAGGAACAUGUUAGAAGAAGUGUGGAGGCAGACACGAACAAUUGCACUCAAGUUACUAGGCAAGAAGAAAAUGUUUGUGGAGAAAAUGAACUUGUUGUGGUUCAUCGUCGUAACCUGCCGGGCUCCAAGAACGUUGAGAAGAGAGUCUCCUUCACUGAUACAACAGAUGUUGAGGAACACAGUAAAGCCAUACACAAUCGGCUCAGUUUAUGUGGUGACCUGUCAAAAGGAACUGAAAUUCGUGAUCUAGGUGAUCUGAGGGACCUGUUAUCUAACCUGAGAGACCAGGGACUGCUGCCUGUCUCAUUAGCUUUAGAUGAACUGUUUAUCAGUCUUGACCAGUCAAGUCCUGCACUGAGUGAGAGAGCACCACCAGAGGGUCAAGAAGAUCCACCUUUACAUCAGUCCAACAUUAGCUUAACUCCGAUUAACAACAACAAUAGUGUCAAUGAUGACAGCAACAACAACAAUGACAGUAGUGACAGUAGUAGUACUCUUGUAGAGGAUAUACAAGAAAGUACACAAGGAACAGAUCAAAACCAGGAAGAGGAAAAACAGAUUGGUUGCUUUUCACAACGAAGUGAUAUAAUUGGGGGUGUCAGAUGGGAGGAAUUGACAAUGAUUGGCCAGAAAAUGCUGGAAGAGGGGAGUAUUGAAGAAAAAGACAUUACCACACAAGCUUUAAUGUUACAAAAAAAUAGAGGGAAUACAGGAGACCAAGAAUACUUGGUUACAGGCACAAGGCCUAAACAAAGGCAAAGUGUGCUCAAAGCUGAAUCUCAGAUGUGUCAACCAGAGAAUGAAUCUGAAAGAACAAGAGUCUUGCACAAAAAGAAAAGUUCGUCCAGAAAAAACAUAAGCCAAGAAGAAAGGAAGCGAUUGUAUAAUGAGAGCUAUCGAGAAGACAGGAAGUUACCCAGCCUCUACAUACCUCUCAAAGUUGAUCCAUCAAAAUAUAAGGAGGAGGAGGAUCGCCUUGCAUUGGAAGUGGCUCAGGGUCAGUCUAAUAUGAUAAUUCCUGGACAUUUUGCUCACCCCAUGACAAGGCAGAGAAUUUCUAAGCAGUUAUUUACUUCAGAAGAUGAAAAAUUCUAUAGGUUGUUUAACAUGCGCGAGGGUCACAGCGGUGGCAGCAGUGUUAGUGUACAAGUUGUUUUAUCAUCUCAAGCUCUCUAUGUAGUCACACCCUUACCCAGAGGAGCAAAACCUCGCCAUGUUGUCACUUACCAUGACAUUCACACUAUUAUCGUUGGCUCUAAUGACCAGUGGGUAUGUGUACUAAGUAAAGAGGCUGUACGGGAUGAUUUGGCUACUACGGGAAGCAGUACUGGUAUUCAGUUAGAAGUUGGAGAUCCUGAUAUUACACACACUUUUGUUAGUUGCCUAGAGAUGGCCAUCCGUCGUCACUUUUCUGCUCUAAAAAUGGGCACGAAGGAGAAAGUUAUUGAAUCUGGUUCUGUAAAGAAAGAAUUCUAUCCUUCAGCAAGAAAAGGAUUUCUUCAAGAGUUUACAAAAGAAUGUGUGGAUAACUUUUCAAAUUCACUUCUAGAGGAGUCAUUGCUUAAUGCAUGGGAUACUAGGAAAAAUUCAGCUGAUAUUAGUCAAGGAUCCGAGUUAACUCAAGAUUCCCCAGUUGUGACUCCAGGAUCAGGUCACCUUACUCAAGAAUCAACUGAUGCCAGCCAGGAGUCAACAGAUGUUAGUGAAGUGUCAAACGAUAUUAGUGAGGCUUCUACAGAAGUUAGUCAAACAUCAGCUGAUGUAAGUCAGGUAUCAGCAGAAGUAAGUCAAGCAUCAGCAGAAGUAAGUCAAGCAUCAGCAGAAGUAAGUCAAGCAUCAGCUGAUGUAAGUCAAGCAUCAGCUGAUGUAAGUCAAGCAUCAGCUGAUGUAAGUCAAGCAUCAGCAGAAGUAAGUCAAGCAUCAGCUGAUGUAAGUCAAGCAUCAUCUGAUGUAAGUCAAACAUCAGCUGAUGUAAUUCAAGCAUCAGCUGAUGUAAGUCAGGUGUCAUAUGAUGUCAGUCAAGGGUCAAGUGAUAUUAGCCGGGUGUCAACUGAUGCAAGUCAGGAAUCAACUGAUACUAGUCAACCCACAUCUAUCAGUCACUCAUCAUCUGUUGAAACCCCAACUUCAUCAGACAUGAUCCAGUCAUUAUCAAACAUGAGUCAAGAAUCUUUAGAUGAUGGUCACGAGCCUGUUGAUGGGGAUCAGGAGCCUUGUAAUAAAAGUCAAGGUUCUGGGGAUACAAGUCAAGGAAGUAAAACUGCAGAUUAUGCCUGCCCUGUGAAGCUUUACCUACAGAAGGAAGAUAUUUAUCAUAGAUAUGCGGGUGGUUAUUCACGGUGGAAUGGAACGCUGUUGGACCGAAGCCUUCCGGGAGUUGUGGUACAUCCUGCCUGGGAGUUGGCAGGAUUGCGAAAAUGGCUAAGAGCACAGCUACGUCUUAAGAAUAGUCCCGAAGUCAUUGGAUACUGGCUUGCGGACUGGGAAGAUGGAAGCAGUCUAGGUGGAGGGGAUGCUAUAUCUGGACCUUUGGGACCAUCCAGUGAAGGACCACUUAUGUUUAAGCCUCCAGGAAUCCUCAACUCUUGGAGACCAGCUUAUUUCAUUCUAAAGGCUGGUGUACUGUACCAGUUCAAUGAUUCCAGGGAAAGGUUGCCUCAUAUGAUAGUGGAGGUGGUGCGGUGUGUGGGUUGUGUUCGUAUAUCUUCUAACCAAAGACCACAUGCUUUUCAAUUAUUGAGAAAGAAGGAAGCUCCACUCAUGUUAGCAGCAUCAGAUGAGCAGCAAGCAUCAUUGUGGCUACAGGCUUUCCUAACAAUCAUUAACAGUGGGGUACGAGACAUAAGUGAGAGGAAACAGGUACCUUGCCGUGUGGUCCUUUUGGAGUCUGGAGUCUUGUUAGCACAACAGUCAGACCUGUUCCUUGGGUCACCCCCAGAAGUAAUACCCCUAAGCAACCAAGAUAAAUCCUUGUCUACCAUACAGCACUCCCAGCAAUUGCUUGAAACUUCACCUGCGACACUUUCCAUCCAAAGUCAAGUUCAGUGUGAGAAGAAAGGUCCUCAAAAACCAGUAAAUUUUGCACUAGCCAAUCUAAAGGAUCGCAAGCCUUUGAGUUCAUCUUUAACUGCCCUUAAUCAUACUGGUAGUUCAUCAUCUUUACUUGCAAGUCCAAGGAAACGCAUCAGCACAGGAGAGAGAACCUCCACCCCUAUACAUAAUACUCAUCAGCAUCAAGGUAACCUCUCCAGAUUAUCUGAUUGUGGAAUUCCAGAUAUAAAACCAGAUGUCCCAAAUAGUGAUGAAAAAAAUACAUCGGGUCCCCAGAAAAAGAUCACCCCACAGAAGAUACAAAAAAGAGAACCAACAAGGGGAGCACAAUCUCAGCUGUAUGAAGGAUUUAAACCUAAGGGAGAAGUCAAGGUUUUAACAUUCAGUACCAUGGAACACCUCUCCUCAGUGUCCGUGUAUGCCGAGUGUCCCAAUACUUGUCUCAUGGAGUUUGAGUGCAGUGAAGCAGGGGAAAUAUCAGGAGACUGGGCCCUUUACUUCCGAUCUGGUAACCAGUUACAAGAGUUCAUCACUUCCUUGGCUUGCACCUGGAAAUCCCUUACGCAGCUUGAGUUUCCACUGCACACUGUGGAAAAUGCUGCUGUACAACAGUUCCUUUUGGAAGGUUCUCAAAUAUCCAGCAAUGGAUGGUCCUGUCUCCACCUAUGAAAGUUUUGCCCAAAAUCAAGUGAACUUCAGCUUCAUGUCAUAAACUAAAAGAAUUGGUGCCUCAUAAACGUAAGAACUUUGGCUAGUCUUGAAGAUGUAUUUAAAGUAUAUGCUUGAAAUUGGUUACUAAAGCAUAUAUUACAGUAAAUAAAUAAGAAAGCUCAUUAAUGUUAAAAAGAUCUUUGGUCUGUGGAAUUUUAAAUGCCUUUAACUUGUUUAGAAUCCAUGGUAAGUGUUAGUAUUAGAUUACAUGUAAUUAAAAUCUGAUCCCUACAGGCUAUCAAUACUCAGUGUGAACAUAUGUGAAUAUAUUUAGUCUGUGGACUGUUUUAGAAUGUUCUCCUCUAGUCAUAUGACAAUACUGUACCAAGCUUUAAAAAAUUGGUUCCUUUUAUAUAUUUGUUGGAGAAAAUGCUUGUUUUCUUGGUACUUUUUUUUUUUUUUACUGAAUCAACAUGGGUACUGUUGUUAUUGAUCAAAAGGUAUAAAUGCCUUAUACAGUAUAGCAAGAAUGUUUAACUACCAUAUAGCUAAUUUUAUUUAUUUUUUCUCAAUUCUGUACAAUGAAGAAUGCAUCCUUGAAUUGUUGUAGAAAAAUUAGUAUAGAUCUGCCAAUUUUCUGAACAGUAUGAACACAUCCAGUACUGGAAUUGAUUUAUGUGUACAGUACAACGUGUUCCUUAAGUAUUGGAAUGAAUAACAAAAUAAUAAUUGCAUUGGCAACUAAUUAUUUUCAUUGUAUUUUGAGUAGUUUCUUUUAUAAAUAAAAUUAAGGAAAUGUAAUAUAAUUGGAUCCAAAUGCACUACUGAAAACUUUUCUUUAAAUUACAGCAUAAACAUAUCUCAUUAAGAAACAAGCCAAAUAUUUUGAUGAUGACAUUUUAAUUUUAACUACGAAAGGAACGAGAAUCUUGUGUUUUAAUUUUUUAUUAAUAUGUGAAUAGUAACUUUAUUGUAUUUUUAAUUAUAUUGUAUAUUUGAAAAUAGUAGAAUAGUGGUUGAAAUAGAAAGGUCAGAAGCUGCAUUAUAAUUAUGCUGUCAGGUACAUCAGCCUAUUUUCAAAGCAUUAAUUAAUGUAAAUUUUGCCCACCUUCCAUAAGUAGUACAUUAAUGCCCCAUAUACUCUUUAUUAACUCACUUAAAGUUACUUAUUAAUUGAGAUGGUUGAAUGUGUUAUGCAGCUGCAGCAGAGUUUCCAAAGAACUUUAAUUUGAAUAGCAGUACAGGUACUGCAUUUAUUUAUUAGUUUACUUUUUGGUAAAUGUGUGUGUCCAUAGUAUAUACUACAGUAUACCUUUAGGUUCACUGAUCAAAGUUUGAGCUUCAUUCUGGAAACAGGUCAGGUUAGGUUUCAUUCUUAGCCAUACCUUAUGAAACAAAACAAAAGUAACCAAACUUAAUCUGACCAAUAUCUAAUAUGAGACUGAAACUCUUACCUGCAAACUUUUUGUGUUCUGUUACAAAUGCCUUUCCUUCAUUUAGAGCAGGAUAGUGCAUGGAGAAUCUUGCCUAGUCAUUUAGUGACUGUCCACCUCUGCAGUUCCAAGUGUCCAAGACAGAGUAGCAAUGUGAAAAGAAAUGUUUCCUGGAGAAUUCUACACUUUGGAUUAGCUGUUGUGUGAAACAUGUCACUAACUUCCACUGAUUAAUAGUAAGGUAUGAAAGAACAGAACUCUUUUAAUGUGGUUAAAGAAAGGGAAAGUACAAGCAGAGUGGUGGGAAAAUACAAGUAGAGUAGAAGGGAAGUAUGGUGAGAAAGGGGGAAAGUAUGAGGAGAGGAGAGUAGCAGAAACUUAGUAAUGUUCAAGUACUGUAUAAGUAACCA